GUCUCUUUUUUGUCCAAUGCUUCACUUUGAACACCACGGAGACUUGCAGACAGGCUAUGGUGCUUGCCAUUUAGCUAAUAUUUAGAAGGGGGCUGAUAUUUUGUCAUUUGAUUGGCUCAACACAGGUGUGUGUUCUGUGUGUGGGAGUGGAUCCAAAGGACUGAAUCUCGAGGAGCCAAAGGUAUUGGUUCUACCUCACACCUAAGAGGACGUCUUGGCAACGGUCGCCAUCCUGCGUUUGGACCCGAUACCUCCGUGCUGGCCUCUUAAGCAUACAGGGAGAAGCGCCUAAAGCGACCGAUCGACUGUACCUUAAAACACAUUGACCCGGGACCUCCAACCGACUAAGGAACAAAACACCCAACGAAAGCAGUCGAUGUUCGGUCUGGGGUGUUGAUUUGUUUAUCUAGUCGAGUUAAAGGACCUGAAGCUCGGGCUGUAAAGACCACGGUAUCAUUGUGGGUGCACAUCCAAAGACGAUGGUACACUGUGCAGGGUGCGAGAGACCUAUUUUGGACAGGUUUCUCCUAAAUGUUUUGGACAGAGCAUGGCACGUGAAGUGCGUUCAGUGCUGCGAGUGUAAAUGCAAUUUAACAGAGAAAUGUUUUUCGCGAGAGGGGAAAUUAUACUGCAAAAACGACUUCUUCAGGCGGUUCGGUACGAAGUGUGCAGGUUGUUCACAAGGCAUCUCUCCGAAUGACUUGGUACGGAGGGCGAGGAGUAAAGUGUUUCACCUCAACUGCUUCACGUGCAUGAUGUGCAAUAAGCAGCUUUCAACCGGAGAGGAGCUAUACAUCAUUGACGAAAACAAAUUCGUCUGCAAAGAAGAUUACCUAAGCAACAGCAAUGCAAAAGACACAAACCUUCUCUCAGUAACAGCAUGUAGUGAUCCGAGUUUAUCACCGGAUUCUCAAGACCAGUUACAGGACGACGUAAAGGAUUCUGAAAUAGCCAAUUUAUCGGACAAAGAGACUGGUAACAACGAGAAUGACGACCAGAACCUCGGUGGUAAACGACGUGGACCUCGAACCACCAUCAAAGCAAAGCAACUGGAGACUUUGAAAGCAGCGUUUGCAGCGACCCCAAAACCCACGAGACACAUCAGAGAGCAGCUCGCACAGGAAACGGGGCUGAACAUGCGAGUUAUUCAGGUAUGGUUUCAGAACCGGCGGUCCAAAGAGCGUCGUAUGAAGCAAUUGAGCGCUCUGGGCGCAAGAAGGCACGCGUUUUUCCGCAGCCCGAGGAGAAUGAGAACGCUAGUGGACCGGCUCGAACCUGGGGAAUUAAUUCCAAACGGCCCUUUUUCUUACUAUGGAGAUUAUCAAAGCGAGUACUACGGCCCAGGAGGGAACUAUGACUUCUUUCCUCAGGGGCCUCCCUCAUCGCAGGCGCAGACCCCUGUAGACCUCCCCUUCGUGCCCUCUUCAGGCCCUACGGGCACCCCGCUUGGCGGCAUGGAUCAUCCUAUGCCAGGGCACCACCCCUCAAGUGAGGUGCAGCGUUUCUCUGACAUCAUGUCCCACCACCCAGGGGACUCGCCCAGCCCAGAGCCCGGGAUCCCAGGGCCCCUGCACAGCAUGUCCUCGGAGGUGUUUGGCCCCAGUCCGCCCUUUACCUCACUCUCCCUCAAUGGCAGCGGAUAUAACAACCACCUGUCCCACCAACCCUCGGAAAUGAACGAGGGCACUGUAUGGUAG